GCUGUGAUCAGCCGGGCCGUUAAGAUUCUGCAGGUUAACGAUUCGGGUGAGUGUGAGGUCAUCGCAGAGAAUUUGCAGUUUGUCCAGGAGCAGCUCAGAAGCUCGGGGGCCGAACUGGUGUCCAUCAUAUCGGUGAUGGGUUCCUACCGCACAGGCAAGAGCUUCCUGCUGGACCUGCUGCUGCGGCGUCUGCGCGCGGAGGAGGCGCAGAGGCGCGCAGAGGAGGCUCAGAAGGCGAGGCAGGCGGCCCACGACGGCGACACCCCCGAGGUGGCCGGCAACGCCCCCGAGGGCAACGAGAUGCCCGAGGUGGCGCCCCCCCAGAGGAGACCGCCGGCCACGACGAGGACACCCCCGAGGGCGGCGCCCUGGCACCCGAGGGACUCCCGGCCGAGCCCGCGUGGCGCUUCGAGAAGAGACCUGGCUGGUUCACUGAUGGUUCCGGCUCCGCGUACCUGCCCAAGUGGUUCCAGGAGGGCGACCAGGAGAGGAUCUCGGAGGGCGCCGUCGGCAGGACCGAGGAGGACCAGGGCUUCGCCUGGAGGCCUGGGGAGCAGAGGUGCACCGAGGGCAUCUGGCUGUGGAGCAAGCCUUUUGUCUUCACGGACUCGAGCGACCCCCCCAGGAAGAUCGGGGUUCUGCUGA